AGGCAGUAAUAAAGCACCAUGAGUGUAUUAUAAUCUACUAUGAAUGCUCCCUUAAAGCACUACAGAUGUGGUCUUCUCAGAAAAGUGUGAUGAAAUAAACAAGCCAUCCAUCGGGGCUGUUCAAUCAGGCUGGAGUCUGUCCCGGGCUAUUGACACGCAGGAUGCAGUCCGUGGGGGGUUUUCUCGAUAAAACCGAUCAGCUUUGUAAGGUCCGCGUGAAUGAAAUGAAGCGGGCAGCGCGCGUGCACCGUGAGCUGACAGCUCUCGCGCUCCCCUCCCCGUGGUGGUAUAGCCCAUAGGAGAGCGUCUGGCUCCUCCACACAGCCUCCCUCUGCCCAUUCACUUAAAGGCGAUUCCUUCACUUCGUGUUCGCAUCAGUGACACGGAGGGAGAGGAGCGAGUACGAUUUGAUUCCUGCCGUCUCGCAAUCCCGGUCCACAGCAUCCAGCUUGCCGGAGACAUGGAGGGAGUCAGCGCCAGCAAGAGCAUGUCUUACAGCAGAUGGAGUUAUGACAGCUCUUUAGACGACGAGGGCACUAACCUCCGACAGCAGAAACUGGACAGACAGCGAGCUCUCCUCGAACAGAAGCAGAAGAAGAAGAGGCAGGAGCCUCUCAUGGUUCAGUCCAACGUGGACGGGAGGUCUCGCACUCGUCGGACCAAGCAGAGCGAGGAACAGGCUCCACUCGUGGAAUCCUACCUCAGCAGCAACAGCAGCACCAUCUACCACGUGCAAGAAGCUGAACAGGAGGACGUGAAGGUGAUAGCGGACACGCAGCCACCUCGCUCAGCCAAAAAGGGCAAAGCAUCAGCAAGCUCCACUCCACAGACAGGCAGCGACAAGAAGGAGAGGAAGGGGAAGCACAAAGCAGCUAUCGAUGGCCUGGCUUCCCAGCAGGAUGACAGUCAGAUCCAGAUCCUGACAGUGGGUCACAACGCCACAGAGGAGGGCGAGGCUGAGCCCGUAAUGAGCUGCACUCAGUCGCAGAGUAAACAGGAUCUGCGCGUCACAAUGCUCAAGAAAGGCAUAUCCAGCAGCAUGAAUUUUGAUGAAGAGGAGGACGAUGAGGAUGAAAUUAGCUCCAGUUCCUCACAGCUCAACAGCAACACAAGACCAGGUUCUGCCACGAGCAAGAAGUCAUCCAAGGAGGUAGCAUCAGCACCAUCUCCACCAGUCAAUGAGCCUUCCAUCGAUGUAGAUGACCUUGAAGAGUUUUCUCUGCGACCUGCACCCCAGGGGGUCAGAGUGAAGUGCAGAAUCACCAGAGACAAGAAGGGCAUGGACAGAGGCAUGUAUCCCACAUACUACCUGCACCUGGAGAGGGAGGACGGCAAAAAGGUGUUCCUGUUAGCUGGGAGGAAGAGGAAAAAGAGUAAAACAUCAAAUUACCUGAUCUCCAUUGAUCCCACGGAUCUGUCUCGAGGUGGAGAGAGCUUCAUUGGCAAACUGAGGUCUAACCUCAUGGGAACCAAGUUCACUGUAUACGACAGCGGUCUGAACCCCAUGAAGAACACCACCAGCCUCGAAGCCAGCAACCUGCGUCAAGAGCUAGCAGCCAUUUGCUAUGAAACCAAUGUCCUAGGAUUCAAAGGACCUCGCAAAAUGAGCGUCAUCAUUCCUGGAAUGAACAUGGACCAUGAGAGAGUGUCUAUUCGCCCACGAAAUGACCAUGAGUCACUGCUGGCCAGGUGGCAGAACAAAAACACAGAGAGCGUGAUUGAACUUCACAAUAAGACGCCCGUGUGGAAUGACGACACCCAAUCCUAUGUGCUCAACUUCCACGGCAGAGUCACUCAGGCCUCCGUCAAGAAUUUCCAAAUCAUUCACGACAAUGACCCUGACUACAUUGUGAUGCAGUUUGGCCGCGUAGCAGAAGAUGUUUUCACCAUGGACUAUAACUACCCAAUGUGUGCCCUGCAAGCCUUUGCCAUUGCGCUUUCCAGCUUUGACAGCAAGCUAGCCUGUGAGUAGAUCCCAGCCUGACCUUCAGCAGAGAACUAGUCCAUCUGUCCUCUAAACAAGGGCUGUUAAGACAUCCCUGGGCUGGUUUGAGAUCUCCAAAUCACCCAGUACCUUGGAAGUCCCGCAUAUCCCAAAAUGCUUUAUGGGCCUCAAGUUUUGUGUGUGUGUGUGUGUGUGAGGGUAUGUGUCUGUUUUGGGGAUGGGGGGUUGCGGGAUGCACCGGGUUGAUUUUGGUCAGUGGAAGAAAACAAGCACAAAGAGAAAUCCACUUUCAAAAUCAAACCUGUUUGUUUUGAUAACUAUAGUCAUUUUGUACUAUACUGGCAUUACAGAAGCACUGUUCCUUUAUGUAGUAGUUAGAGAAAUUUAACAUUUCUUUAUCUGUAAAUUAUAACUAACAAUUACACACCUGUAAGUUUUAAAAGUUGACUAGAUUUUAUGUAAUCUGCACACAAAAUACAAUGUCAUUCUCUUCCUCAAGCAUGAAUACUGCUUAUAUAGUGAAUAACAUGCACGUCACAAUAUAUUUAUUUUGUUAUUUAUGUAUUUAUUACAUGUCAGUUUCGUUUUCUGUUAUCAUUUGCAGCAAUUUUAGCAGUACUGGCUCAGUGGAGCUGCAAGCACAUGACUUAGCAUCACAAGAAUGAAUAUAUCUUGUAUCCACACAAAACAAUUAGCAACUUUGGACAUGAACAGGGCAAAGGUAUGUUACACUGUGCUGUGUACCAUAGAGAAUAUUGUGUCACAGUGUCAUGUAUGUGAAUGUAAAGGAUGAUGGUGCACUUUACUUUGAGAUAUAGCUGUACAUACUUUAUUGUGCCUUUAAAGACUAAUUCCAGUGUUACGCUUUGGCUAUAAAAUGAGCUGAGCUUGAAUUGGUCUUUGCUAUUCUUGCUGUCCUUGAAUUCAUUGGAGAUACUUCACUGUAGCUACUUUGAAUUCAGCUGUCUAAUGCGGAGUCCGUUUAGACUGAUCAAUUAGCUGGAGUUCUGAAACCUCCAGAAUAAUCCAAAGUGCACAUCAUCGGAUAACAUUUCAGUUAUAGUCCAGAUAUGUUUGAAUUACAUUUAUGGCCUACAACACGACACACUAAAGAGUGUGAACUUAUAUAGGUUGUACAGUCAGUCAGACAGUAGAUGUAAUAUCCAAGGCACUCAAGCUUAAGUUUGUGCUCAUAUCUUAUCAUGUCUCCUACCUGGAAAAAAUAAACUGAACACAGAUUGACUUACUGCCAACAAACACACCGCAACAAUGUGAAUUGGCCACAGCUUCAACACUCUUUACGUCUUUGAUUAAUUUUGUGCUCCACUCAGGUGGAGUUUGGUACAUUUCUCAUCUGACUUCCUGUAAGUUUCUAUAGCAAGCGGUUUGUUACUGUUCACAUUUCUACUCGAAAUAUUAUUCCACUCGCUUCGUAUGGGCCAGUAUCCUUUCUCAAAUGUGAUAGUAUUUUGUAUUUUAUGAAAAAUUGCAGAAGGAAGGCAAAGAACAAUCUCUGAUACCGCUAUUGCUACUGUGGGUUAUGAGGAAAUCUUUAUCAAAUGUGCUAUUCUUGUACUCAAUUGUGUUCUAACUAUUUUAAAUUUCUAUUUUAAAAUUGUUGAUACUCUUGCUGUAAAGUCUGCUUUUCAUACAUUGUGUCCAGGAACCAGAGGUUCUUUCACGUUGUGUUUUUAGUGCUGUUGUUGUAAUGUACAGUAAAUGGUGUACAAUUUACUGUGGUGGUAUUGACAGUCCAUUGUUCAUGGAGAAAAAUAAAACUUCCGUCAAAGUAAAGUUAAGAUAUGCGUCCAUUUCUCUAA